CUUUGAUUCCAAUGUUGUUAUGCUAGAUACGCCUAAAGGUGAGGUUCCUCUACCGUAUGUGAAUGCAUCUGACAUUAAAUUCAAUGGUUUUAAACAAACCUAUCUGGCAGUUCAGGCUCCGAAAGUGAAGGCAAUGCCCAGCUUCUGGCAGAUGGUUUUAGAAAGAAAAGUUAGAAUAAUUGUCAUGAUCACAGGGCUAGUUGAGAACAAGAGGAUAAAAGCUGAUCGUUAUUGGCCGGAAGAAGAAGAUGACUUGAUUGUUUUUGAAGAUAUAAAAAUUACUUUCUUGGAUCAGUCCUAUAAUGGCUCAUUUUUCACAAGACACCUGGAAUUGGAGGUAGAGGGGGCAUUUUUAAUUUAUAAAAAAUAGAAUCUCAAAAUUUUAAAAAUAACAGUGUUGAAGUCUGAAAAGUUAUCAUAAUAAAGCUCUUCGCCCGUACAUGUAUGUCUUUGACUAAGAUUUUCUCCGGCAGCCAAACCAAACAUUAUCUCUGAUGAACAGUGUAACAGUGGGAUGUUUAGCUUUAGUAGUUCUCACCACCCAUUUCGAGAUCAUCCCCUUUUCAACUCAACAAUAUCUUAGCUUUUUCAAUACAUUUUUCAACUUAAAUUUUUCUAAAC